GAAAACCCGUACUUUAACCACUUAAAAUUCUAGGACACAUGCAUAUCUCUAGCCUAAUAGUUAUGGGCUAAGUUCCGUCAUUGGUCCAAGUAUACCUCAGACAACACUUCAAGCUUUAUUGGGUCAAGCCUGCUUUGCCACUUCUUCCGACAGAAACAUGGUAUCAACGAUCAGAGUUCACAAUCUCAGAAAAGUAUGUACAGUUCCAAACAUUGCUUUCAUUGGAAACAAAGACAUCCUUGUUUCACAAACAACCUCAAUCAACUCCUUUCGCAAACAACAUGUUCCCAACGCUAUAAACAUGCUCGAACUCAACUCUCUUCUCAAAAAUCUAGUCAAAACGGGUGAUCUACACGAAGCUCGUCAAAUGUUCGAUGUAAUGCCUCAAAGAGACGAAAUUUCAUGGACAACCAUAAUUUCUGGUUACGUCAGGGCCAUGAAAUCAAGUGAAGCAUUACUUUUGUUCUCCAAAAUGUGGCUCUCACCCGGGCUUUCCAUGGACCCCUUCUGUCUUAGCAUUGCACUCAAAGCUUGUGCACUGGAAUUUAAUUUGAAUUUUGGAGAAUUGCUUCAUGGCUAUUUAGUUAAAUCUGGUUUUAUUAACUCAGUUUUCGCGGGGAGUGCCCUUUUAGAUAUGUACGCAAAAUUUGGCAAAAUUGAGCUGGGGAUCAUAGUGUUUGAUGAGAUGCCUAUAAAAAGCGUGGUUUCAUGGACCGCUAUCAUUACAGGGCUUGUUCAUGGUGGGUAUUAUAAGAAGGGUUUGGUUUACUUAUCUGAAAUGAGAAAAUCUGGAGUGGAAUAUGAUUCUUAUACAUUAGCUAUUGUGUUGAAGGCUUGUGCUUGUUUAGGUGCUUUGAAUUUUGGUAGGGAGAUUCAUACUCAUACUGUAAAGAGAGGUUUUAAUGAUACUUCAUAUGUGGCUAAUUCUCUUUCUACCAUGUAUAACAAAUGUGGCAAACUAGAUUAUGGUUUGCGUUUGUUUGACAAAAUGAAUACACGAGAUGUGGUUUCAUGGACAUCUAUUAUUACGACCUAUGUUCAGAUGAGAGAAGAUGUGAAUGCCAUUGAGGCGUUUACAAGGAUGCAAGAAGCAGGUGUGAGUCCAAAUGAGUUUACUUUCGCUGCUGUUAUUGCCAGUUGUUCUGGUCUUGUGAGAAUUAGUUGGGGUGAGCAAUUACAUGCCCAUGUUUUGCGUAGCGGUCUUGCAGAUACUUUAUCAGUCGCUAAUUCCCUCAUGACCAUGUAUUCGAAAUGUGGACAGAUAUCUUCUGCUGCAAUGGUGUUCCAUGGAAUGUCAAGAAGGGAUACCAUUUCCUGGAGCACUAUAAUUGCAGUGUAUUCUCAAGGAGGCUAUGGGGAAGAAGCUUUUGAGCAUUUGUCGUGGAUGAGAAAGGAAGGGCCAAAGCCGACACAAUUCGCUUUUGCUAGUGUGCUGAGUGUCUGCGGAAAUAUGGCGAUUCUGGAGCAAGGGAGGCAGCUUCAUGCUCACGUUCUUUCCAUUGGGUUAGAACAAGAGGAAAUGAUACAGAGUGCUUUAGUUAAUAUGUACUCAAAAUGUGGGUGUAUUAAAGAUGCUGAAAAAGUCUUCAACGAGGCUGAGAAUUAUAAUAUUGUCACAUGGACAGCCAUGAUUAAUGGAUACGCUGAUCAUGGAUAUAUACAUGAAACUAUUAAUUUGUUCAAGAUGCUUUCCAAGGUUGGUUUGAAGCCAGACUCGGUGACCUUCAUUGGUCUCCUUACUGCUUGUAGUCAUGCAGGACUAGCUGGUCUUGGUUUCCACUACUUCAAUUUAAUGAGUAGUAAGUACCAAAUAAGACCUUCAAAAGAACAUUAUGGCUGUAUGAUCGAUCUACUCUGCCGAGCUGGGCGACUAACUGAAGCAGAGGAAAUGAUUAAAAGCAUGCCAUUUCAUAGAGAUGAUGUUGUUUGGUCAACACUUCUUAGAGCAUGUAGAGUCCAAGGCAAUGUUGAUUGUGGAGAACGUGCUGCAGAGAAACUUCUUGAAAUGGAUCCGAAUUGUGCAGGGACGCAUAUCACCCUUGCUAAUAUUUAUUCCGCCAAAGGAAAAUGGAGAGAAGCAGCAGAUGUUAGGAAGAUGAUGAGGACAAAAGGGGUCAUGAAGGAGCCAGGAUGGUCCUGGAUCAAGGUUAAGGAUCGGGUUUCUGCAUUUGUUGCUGGUGAACGAUCUUACCCUGAGGGUGAAGAAAUAUAUGGCAUGUUGGAUUUACUAGCUUCUAGAGUGGAUAUUUCUGUCCAGGAGUUAGGUUCUCUUCUAGAUCUAGAGGACUAACACGAAAUGAAGAUUCAAUUUCGUUGCUUCAUGCAGGUUUUGGCCUCUUUCUCCUGAUUGAAUGCUGAAUUUAACAGCAGCAAGGUUCUAAUCAGUAGUUAACAAAUGACUUCAUGCAACCAUUAGUACUUGAUUUUUGCGCAGAUGAAGUUAUGAAGUCGAGGGCAUGGAGCAGAUCCAACAGAUCAUGCAAGAUGGUGCUGCUGGUGCUUGAACAAAUUUCAUAGUUAAAAUGAGAUGACAUCUCUAUAUGUGACUUAAAUCAUGAAAUAAGCUGCUUACAGUUUGCACAAGAUAAUCAUUGAUAUUGGGGUCAGAGGGUAUAUUACAAACAUUUUGCAAGUGAUGGCAGUCUGCAUUUCUUAAAACUCAUGGGAUCUUCAGAAAUGUUGCUCUAAUUCAAGCAACAUUUGCCCUGUCCUUUGCUCCAAGCCAAGCAAAAGCAGUGAAAAUGUUUAUUUCUUGGGCACUUAAGGCCUUCAGAGUUCACCUGGUAUCUAGCCAAGAAUUUGAAAUUCAUUUGAGCAAGGUUUAUGUGAGGACUCUUCUUCCAUCAAUCCAUGGAAUAUCAUCAGAUAACUUAUUUAUUUUUUAAGAAAAUGUUCACAAGUUUUUCAUCAUAAGUAACAUUUUAAAUAUAUAUAUUUUAUUUUUUUCUCUUUUUUAUUUAUUCAUAUCAUGGAUGUGUAAUAUUCUAGUAUAAAUUCAAGGAUUUUGUUAGUGCUACUUAUGGAUUUCAUGGAACAGUGUGGAAAAAUUCCUGGAUUGCUGAA